AUGAUGGAUGAUCAAACGAAGGAUGAAGGAAGUUUCCCUGAGCUAAGGCUAAAUUCUCUGAAGGCCGCCAUACCCCCAGCCUGUUUUCAGCCCUCGCUGCCUACUUCGCUCAUGUAUCUCCUCCGUGACAUAGGCUACUGUGGCCUCUUGAUAUACUGUGCUCUCCAGAUUGACAGAAUUCCGUUGUCCGGGGCUCGAUAUUUAGCCUGGAUAUGCUAUGGCUUCUUCCAAGGCUGCGUCGGCGUGGGCUUCUGGAUUUUGGCGCAUGAGUGCGGACAUGGUGCAUUCUCCCUUUACCCAUGGGUAAAUGACAUUAUAGGGUACGCUCUGCACUCUGCUCUUCUAGUGCCCUACUUCUCUUGGAAGACCACACAUGCUCGUCAUCACCGUUACACCGGCCAUAUGGGCAAGGAUACUGCAUUUGUGCCCUUCACAAAAGAAGAGUAUGAGAAUUCCAUACCCUUCUUAUCCCACACGGCGAUUGAAUAUUUUGAGGAUGCCCCUGCGAUGGCACUAUUGGAGUUGUUGAUCCACCAGCUGUUUGGCUGGCCGAUGUAUCUUCUUUUCAAUGUCAGUGCCGGGGUGGACAGUUUACCAAGUCAACAUGCGGGAUCAUCAAGAAAAAGUCAUUUUGAUCCAUUUGGAGCUCUUUUUACCCAGUCGCAGAGACUCUACAUCCUACUUUCUGAUCUGGGUUUGGCAGCAUUUGGGUGUAUACUGGUGGCACUAUACACACAGGUUGGCUUACAGCAGGUCUUGCUGCUGUACUUUCUCCCAUAUAUCUGGGUCAAUCACUGGAUUGUCUCCAUUACCUAUCUUCAUCAUACUCAUCCGUCCUUGCCGCAUUACGGAGAUAAAAGCUGGACUUUUCUGAAGGGAUCUUUGUCUACAAUAUAUCGUACGACAGGAUUUCUAGGUCGCCACUUAUUCCACGAUAUCAUUGACUUUCACGUUGUUCAUCAUCUUUUCCCAAACAUCCCAUUUUAUAAAGCGGAAGAGGCAACACGGGCGAUUCGACCACUUCUUGGUCCGCUUUAUAACGAGCAAAAAGAGGCGUCUUUGAUCUGGUCUCUAUACCCCACGUUCCGCUUCUGCAAGUUUGUUUCCAAUGUCGAUUCUGCCUCAUCUGGCGAGGGCCCGGAAAUAUUCAGAUGGAAUACAGACAAGAUG